AUGUACACACGCUUCCUGAUCCUUCAGAUCAACAUCAAACAUCAGAAGGACUAUGAGAAGAAGGUGACAGAUGAAGACAUGAUCCUCAAACUGGGGAAACUGGCUUUUCAGCAGCUUGUGAAAGGUAACCUGAUCUUCUAUAAUGAAGACCUGAGAGAGUGUGGCAUUGAUGUGACAGAAGCAUCAGUGUACUCAGGAUUGUGCACUCAGAUCUUCAGAGAGGAGUUGGGCUUGUAUCAGGGGAAAGUCUUCUGCUUUGUUCAUCUGAGCAUUCAGGAACAUCUAGCAGCUCUGUAUGCACAUUUCUCCUGUACAAACAAAAAAAUCAAUGUGUUUGGCGAACCGAAACAAAGUCUGUUGUCUAAGAUUUUUAAAUGGAAGAAAUUUAAUUCAUUAUCUGAGCUGCAUCAGAGAGCUGUGGAUGAGGCUUUACGGAGUAAGAAUGGACAUCUGGAUCUUUUCGUGCAUUUUCUUCUGGGUCUCUCAGUGAAGUCCAAUCAGACUCUCUUACGGAAACUACUAACACAGACAAGAAGCUGCUCCUACAACAUAAAGAAUACAGUUCAGUGCAUCAAACAGAAGAUCAGAGAGAAUCGCUCUUCAGAGAAAUUCAUCAAUUUGUUCCACUGUCUGAACGAGCUGGGUGAUGAUUCACUGAUGCAGGAGAUCCAUGAUUAUCUGAAAUCUGGAAAAAUAGGAAAAGCCAAACUCUCCUCUUCACAGUGGUCAGCUCUGGUUUAUGUGUUGCUGACAUCAGAGCAGAAGAUGGAUUUGUUUGAUCUGAAACAGUUUAUUCGAGCACAACAUACAGCAGAUGAAGUUCUUCAGAAUCUGUUACCUGUGGUUAAAAGAAUCCAGAUCAGUUCGGGUAUGUGGUUGUAAUCUCACUGCUCAAUCCUGUGAAAGAUUGUCUUCAACUCUACAAUCCUUAAACUCUCUCCUGAGAGAGCUGGACCUGAGUGACAGUGACCUGCAGGAUUCUGGGGUGCAGUUGCUUUCUCAUGGACUGAAGAGUCCAAACUGUCAACUGGAGAUACUGAGACUUUCCAAACGUAUUCUCACUGCUCAGUCUUGUGAAAGUUUGUCAUCAGUUUUACAAUCUCCAAACUCCAUCCUGAGAGAGCUGGACCUCAGUAACAAUGACCUGCAGGAUUCAGGAAUGAAGUUGCUUUCUGAUGGACUGAAGAAUCCAAAUUGUCAGCUGCAGAU